AUGCAGUAUCACCACGCAGUAUCACCACGACCGGCGAAUGCCAUGGAUGAGUUUUCGACUGGACCGGCCAGGAUUCUUAUCGAUCCUAACAAUCCAAUGCAUAUAGAAACUCCACUAAUAUUCUCUGCUCUUAUGUCAAGUCGACUCGGCUAUGACAUAUACUUGAAGUUAGAAUCUUUGCAGCCCUCGCAAUCAUUCAAAUAUCGAGGCAUAUCCUUAUUCGCCGCGCAAGCCGUCAAACAACAUGGCUCAAACACUCUUCUCGUAAUGGCCAGUGGAGGAAAUGCUGGACUGGCACUGGCAUGGGCAGGAAAGGCACUAGGUGUAAAUACCAAGAUCUACAUCCCAGCUGCCGCGUACCAAGUUCAACCAACACUUAUCGCGGCUGGAGCGGACGUUGUUAUUGGUGGCGCUGACUACUCUGAGGCUUUGGCAAGUGCUGAGUUGCUCUGCUCACGGAAUGAUCUCGCCAUACUUGUUCCCGCAUAUGAUCACCCAGUAUUAUGGGAGGGGCAUUCCACGCUCAUUCAUGAAAUUGAUAGACAACUGCCAAAUGGGACUACACCAGAUGCUAUUCUGUGCAGUGUUGGGGGUGCUGGGCUACUGGGCGGGGUGCUCCUCGGAGCCAACAGCAUCGGAUGGGAUCGUACUCAAGUCAUUGCCCUUGAAACAAUCGGAGCCAACUGUUAUCACAUGUCGCUACUUGCAAAUAGGGAUGAUCCAAUCGGCCAAAGUUAUAUCCCAGACGAUGUCGUGGUCUCGACCCAUCCGGUGCUAACUCCUGACGUGAAGAGAGCCAAAGUGGCUGUAGCGAAACUCCCAGCUAUCACAUCCAAGGCCGCUUCUCUUGGUGCUUCUUCUCCCUCACAAUCGGUGCUUGAAAUGGGACUUGCUCGGAAAGAUAGAGCAACUCUGGACCCGACUAAAUUUGGCGGUUUGACUUCAGUGAGUAUCCCAGACGAGCUUGCCAUGCGAUCAACCCUUGGAUUCUUGGACGAACACAAGAUGCUUACAGAAUUAGCAUGUGCAACCACAUUGGCGCCCGCAUAUAUUCCGGGUCUGCUUGAGAAACUCGUCCCCAAAUCAGGGGGUGGCAAACGCCCCGUGGUGGUGUUCGUUGUGUGUGGUGGAUCUAAGGUUCUUUUGAGUGAUGUCGAGAAAUACCACUCCAUCCUCCAGGGGUUGGGGGAGGAAGGAUUUCAUUCCGCUCGUCAACAAGUGCUCAUCGAGACGACACUUGGACUCGACCUACAGUAG